AGUCUCAGGAUGACCGUCACUUAUUCCAGUAAAGUCGCCAACGCGACCUUCUUCGGUUUCCACCAGCUGCUGCUGCGCUGGAGGGGGAGCAUCUACAAGCUGCUGUAUCGAGAGUUCAUCCUGUUUGCGCUGCUCUACACUGUUCUCAGUGUCGUAUACAGGAUUGUCCUGUCCGAGGAUCAGAGGAGACUGUUUGAGAAACUUUCCAUGUACUGUGACAAAUACGCCGAGCAGAUCCCCGUCACCUUCGUCCUGGGCUUUUAUGUGACUCUGGUGGUGAAUCGAUGGUGGAAUCAGUUCGUUAACCUGCCCUGGCCGGACAGACUCAUGUUCCACAUCUCCAGUUGUGUUCAGGGUAAAGAUGAAUAUGGCCGCCUGCUGCGCCGGACAUUGGUACGUUACGUUAACCUGACGUCGCUCCUCAUCUUCCGCUCCGUCAGCACCGCUGUCUGCAAACGCUUCCCGACCAUGGAUCACGUGGUCGAGGCAGGUUUCAUGACCCCUGAGGAGAGGAAGGUGUUUGAGAACAUUCGUUCUCCUCAUCUGAAGUACUGGAUCCCUGUCGUCUGGUUCUCCAACCUGGCGUCUAAAGCUCGGCAGGAAGGACGCAUCCAAGACAGCAUCGACCUGCAGAACAUUCUCAAUGAAAUGAAUCGGUUCAGGACCUGGUGUGCGACUCUUUUUGGCUACGACUGGGUCGGCAUCCCUCUGGUUUACACGCAGGUCGUCACCCUCGCUGUCUACACCUUUUUCUUCGCCUGUCUGAUUGGUCGACAGUUUCUUGACCCCACCUGUGGUUACCAAGGUCAUGACCUUGACCUUUACGUCCCAAUCUUCACCCUCCUGCAGUUCUUCUUCUACUGCGGCUGGCUGAAGGUUGCAGAACAGCUGAUCAACCCGUUUGGCGAAGACGAUGAUGACUUCGAGGCAAACUGGAUCAUCGACAGGAACCUUCAGGUGUCUCUCCUGGCAGUGGAUGAGAUGCACAUGAACAUGCCUCACAUGACCAAAGACAUUUACUGGAACGACUCUGAUGCGCGCCCUCCGUACACGCUGGCUGCAGCCGACUACUGCAUCCCCUCAUUUCUCGGCUCCACCACCGACAUGGGCCUCUCGGACAUCCUGCAGCUUGACGACAAUGACGUUUGUCACGACUAUCAGCGCCAACAGGACUAUGUGUUGCCUCGGCGCCAAGAGUCGGUUUUGGGUCGAGUCCGCCGUCUGCUUAGUGUUCAGGAACCUCCUGACCUUCGACCUCCUCGACCCAUCUUUAAACGACACAGCAGUGAUGCAACUGGCAGUUUCUUCCCAGACAUCAGGGUCAAUGCGGGUCCAGAGGUUAUUGUUCCACCCUCCUCGCUGGUCAUGUCUCAACCUUCCAUGGACACCUUGUCCACCUUAAGAGAGGUCAACAGCAACCCACCCUCACCUGAAAGCUCCAUUUCUGUUUUUCCCCAGCUCGUCAUAAGCCCACCAUUAUGUGGUGAUGUCUGUUACAAUGUGGAUCCUUGUACCAAACCUCAGAAUGGCCUUGAUCCUUUCCCCACCAAUGAAGCACCAAGUUUGGAAACCCUAAGGACUGAUUCCACAGUCUGUUGUUCCCCCACUCAGCUUGGGCCCAAGGAAUUUCGCUGGACGACUGUCAAUGGCCAGAACUGUCAGCCAAUCAAACCUCGGGGGCGUCAGUUCUCACUUCAGUUCUCCAGGCAGACUUCAAAGGCAUCGGUCCGCAGCUUGCCAAGUCCUAAGGGACUUGGGAGGCGGAGGCAAGGCCUGGCUCGAUUCCAGUCCCGGCGAUCCCCUGGUCCAACCCCAGACACUCUGCAUCUCCCCGACCCUGAUCACGAUUUCCAGGGAAUGAUAGGGACUCAGGAGGAUGAGAAGGAAGAAACCAGUGACAAUGAUGAGCUCAAAAACACCAAAUUCCAAUCAGAAAAUUCGGAAAAGAAGUAAGAACCAGUCACAACAUCAUUCAGUCAGACCAAACAGAGCAACAGGAAUACCCACAAUGCCUAAGGGGAAGGCUCUUUAAUUUUGUUGUGUUGAAACAAAAAUUCUUGGAAAACACGAAAUGCAUAACCUCUGAAAGGAUGUCUUUAGCCCAGGUUUUUGGGUUUACCAAUUGUUACCACCAUGGUCAAU